UGUGCCCCCGUCGCUGUGGCAAGUGUCCGCCGCUCAGCCAAGCCUUGGCCUGGCCAGAUGGGGCCGCCGAAGCCGGGAGGACACCCUCGGGAGGACUGGGGUGGGCCCCGCGCCCGGGGACCCGUGUCUGAGGCCAAGGCGGCGGGGCCACCCCGCGGGUUCGCAGCUCGGCCUGGCCGCGGGGUCACGCAGGCGCCGCGGGCGUCGGGGCUCCGCCGCCUCCCGCCGCGUUUCCUGGUUGCCCGAGGAGACGCGCCCGCCGGCUCCGGGCGAAGCAGCCUCGCUCUCGGCGGCCUGGGUGCGAGCGCGCCGCGGGGCUCCGGCAGUCAUGAGCCGCAGCGGCUCCUCGGGACCCAGGCGCCUGCACCCGACCAGCGACGCCGCCUUAGGCGCCUCGUCACCCGCGCCCGAGGAAAUUUACGAUCAUCUUUUGGAAGCUCCAGUCAGUCGGGAGCAAUUAAACCACCAUCGGAAUGUGGCGGAAAAUGCCCGAAGUGAACUUGCAGCAACUUUGGUCAAAUUUGAAUGUGCUCAGUCUGAGCUUCAAGACCUCCGAUCCAAGAUGCUUUCUAAAGAAGUUUUCUGUCAAGAAUUGAAAGCUGAAAUGGAGAACUACAAAGAGAACAAUGCCAGAAAAGCAUCUCUCCUCACCUCUUUGAGAGACAGAGUUCAGGAUCUGGAAGAAGAAUCAGCAAUGCUUUCCUCCUCUAAAAUUAGAGCAGAAAUCACAGCUCACACUGCAACCAAGGAGAACCAGGAGUUAAAGAAGAAAGUUGUAGAACUCAACGAGAAAUUACAAGAGUGUUUAAAGGAAAACGAGGAGACUAAGAAUCAAGUCUCAAAGAACUGCAGGGAACAUGAGGAAUUUCUAGCUCAACUUCAUGACUGCUUAGAUCCAGACAAGAAGAAUGAAAAGGCGUCCGAUGAAGAUUUAAUUCUAAAGCUAAGAGAACUGUGCAAGGAAAAUGCAUCUGUGAAAGGACGGAUUGUUACUUUGAAAGAGACUAUAAAUGUCCAUGAGAUGGAGGCAAAAGCUAGCAGAGAAACAAUCAUGAGGCUGGUUUCAGAAGUAAACAGAGAGCAGAAAAGAGCUGCCUCGUGCACUGAAGAGAGAGACAAGCUAAACCAGGACUUGCUCAGUGCUGUAGAGGUGAAAGAAGCCCUCGAAAGGGAGGUGAAGAUCUUCCGAGAAAGGCUGCUUGCUGGCCAGCGGGCCUGGGACGCCUCGAAGCGGGAGCUGAGCCUGGUGAAGCAAAGCUCUUGCGAGUUUGAGAAGAGUUUGAAGGCCAGUCUGGAUGCAGCCGCAGCCUUGCAAAGCCAGUCUUCCUCAUUUAGGGAGAAAAUUGCAGCCCUCCUUCGAGGCAGCGUGGGCAUGAGUGGGUCCUCGGAGGAGGCAAUUUUGGAGAAGAUUCAAGAAAUGGUCAGUCAGGAGGAAAGCCGGAAAAGGAUGGUCUCUCAGCUUGAAGCCCAAAUAUCUGAGCUUGUUGAAAGGUGGGAAAAUGAGUCUGGGUUUCACCAGAAAGCUCUACAGAGAGCCCAGAAAGCAGAGGACAAGAUGGCGACUCUUCAGGGUCAGCUGAAACACCUGGAAGGAGAGCUGGUUUCCGGAGAUGUUUUGCGAGACAACUUGAAUUUUGAGAAACAAAAAUAUCUUAAAUUUCUGGAUCAGCUCUCAGAGAAAAUGAAAUUGGACCAGAUGGCUGCUGAACUUGGCUUCGACAUGCGUCUGGAUGUAGUUUUAGCUCGCACGGAGCAGCUGGUCCGCCUCGAGAGCAGUGCAGUCAUUGAAAACAAGACUAUCGCCCACAAUUUACAGAGAAAGCUCAAGACUCAGAAAGCAAGCCUGGAGAGCAAGGAGCUGCACAUGAGCCUCCUGCGGCGGAAGAUAGCGCAGCUGGAGGAGGAGAAGCAUGUGAGGACGGCCUUGGCUGUGGAGCGGGACGAGGCCCAGCUCACCACACGGAAACUACAGAAGCAGGUGGAGAGGCUGCAGAAGGAGCUGAGCGUGUGUCAAGAAUCCAACACUGAGCUCAAGGCCAAACUGGCUGACACCAGUGAGCUUAAGAUUAAAACUUUGGAACAGACCAAAGCCAUCGAAGACCUAAGUAAAUCCAGAGACAAACUGGAGAAAAUGAAGGAGAAAGCUGAGCAACAGCUAAUGUCUGUCAAGUCAGAACUGGACACUACAGAGCAUGAGGCUAAGGAGGAUAAAGAGAGGGCCAGGAACAUGAUCGACGUGGUAACCAGAGACGUGAAGACACUAAAAAAGUCUCUGGAAGAAGCAGAAAAGAGAGAAAAGCAGCUGGUGGACUUCAGGGAGGUGGUUUCCAAGAUGCUGGGCUUACACAUAAGUAGCCUUGCUCUUCCUGACUAUGAAAUCAUCAAAUGUCUUGAAAGGCUGAUUCAUUCACAUCAACACCACUUUGUCACCUGUGCCUGCCUCAAAGAUGUGACUACCAGCCAAGAUAGGCACCCACAAGGCCACCUGAGAGUUCUUCAUUGAGCACUGUAUCUCUUGAGGGGUAUGGAGCUAAGAGAUGGGACACAAUGCUCAAUUUCAUGAAUUCCCCAAACCUUUGAAAUGUUGUCAGUGUGUGAAUAUUAUAUCCUUUGAUAAUAGGGCGAGAAUCCAUCAUUGCUAACAAAGAAUCUGUAAGGUGCCAGCCGGAGAUAAGCGCUCGGCAAUAAA